AUGGCAACGAAUACGGCUGCCCGGAUCAAACGACAUCAAAGGACUACCACCAACAAGAUGGAGAGCAAACGACGGCGGAACGCUAAUCUGGGUAAUGGUAAUACAGAUUCGGUUCUACGGAGGAACAUACAAUCUACACCAUCGCCUCGCCUCACCGGCCCCUCAUCGUUGAUGGAAGUGGUACAAAAACGAUCAUUACAUCCGCGACUGUCCUCGGCCGGCCAAGUAGAUGCCACCUCGACCAUUGAUAGUGGCACCCUGCAGGGAGCUGGAUUGGUAGAUGCAGCAGCUCUCCCAGGUGUCAACCAAGCCGAUCCUGGUACUUUGAGUAGACCUAUGCCAGGAGUCAAUCAAGCCGACCCUGGUCGUAUGGAUGGGCUGAUGCCAGGCAAGAAUCAACCACCACCAUCGAUAGGUGAUGCGGCGGCAGCUCAACUUCUCGAGGACAUGCCGAUUUCGGUAUUGUGUACGACGCUUACAACAUACACCACCUUGACAAAGACACGGACGGAUCCAGCAUUGACUACAUCAGAAUCCGGUAUGGGUCCUGGGUUUUCUUGGCCCACUCCUGCCAUUACAAGCAUUUCGUCUGCGGCAUCUUCAGCUACCGGCUUCCCCCUACUACCGUCGUUUAGCACGUUUAUCCUCUUUUCACAGUCAGAAGAUAUUCGGGAGCAAGUGACGGCAUCUACAAAAAGUAUCAACACACCACUAGCCGUAACCGCGUCUUCGGCAUUGACUGCGGUCUCGGUACCGACGUUCCAGCCUACAUCUUCGGUUGUCGCCAGCUCUGCAACAGGUGGAUCGGGUAGAGGACUAACGCCGUUGUCAAGAUCCUUGUUUGUUCUUUUUGGUGUAUUGGGGGCCAUUACGAUGCUCAUUGCAUUGGCAAUAUUCUUCAUGGCGAGGAGGAACAAGAGGCGGCAACAACUCGCAGAGCGAUACAUUGAAGAAAACGCCUCGUUUGAGGAGAAAAAGGGCGGUGCGCUCGGGUACGGAAACACGACGCACAUCUCGGCAGAACGAACAGACAACGGUCCGACGGUGCUGACGGACAGUGAAAGAAACAUUGUACGUCGCGCGGCUACCCAGGAUGGACAACCAGAGGUCCAUAUCACAGCGCCUGGAGCGCGCCUACACGAUGCGAUUAAUUUGUUUAUUGCUAAAUCUCGACGAUUGACGUACAAAAUAUCUCCUUAG